AUGGCAUUUGAUUUAGCCAUAUUGGAACCCAAUGAAGUUUCCAUCAACUUGAAAUUAUUUAAACUAUUUCGUUUUUUUCAUCUAUUUGAUCCAAAAAGUCAAAAAAUUUUCAAUUUCAAUGUUUACUAUCUUGCUUGGUUCAUUAUAAAUUGUGUGAUUGGCUGUAUAUUAGUUUACGGGUUGUUGGGUUAUUUUACUGAGACGGAAGAUGUAUUCGACAUUACUUUUCAUCUACAGUUAGUUUUCUGUUAUUUACUAUAUUAUUUGGCUUUACUUAAAAUAAUUACAUUCUUGUACAAAGCACAUAACUUUUGUGAUUUACUCCAUGUUACUCGCAUGGAUUUUUUGACGAGUACACAUUGCCAAACACAUAUUGGAAUUCUUUAUAAAUAUCGCAACAAAUCAAUAAAAAUAACGAAUCUCAUAAGUAGUUUUGGAAUUUUAACUACUUUGGAAUGGAUUUUGUUUCCUCUAAUGCUACAAUUGUUACAAAAAGAAGACUUAAACCAAUUAAAUCGACGAUUUGAGAAUAUUUUCAACUUACGGUUCCCGGUGACUUCACAUUUUUAUAAUAAUAAUUAUGUUAUAUUUUAUAUAAUGGAGUCAUCUAUUGCAAUAUUCCUGUUAUACGUAACCGUAGUGAUUGAUCUCUUCUUUAUUUCUGUCUGCUAUGUUAUGAUUGCUCAAUAUGAGAUGAUCAAAAGAGCUUACGAAACUGUAAACAGAAAACCGAAUUCCGAAAAUAAUGAUGAAAACGAAAAUGAUUAUAAUGUGAACGAUUGUUUGGACGAUUUAGUAUCAAUUAUAAAAGAUCAACAAAAACAUUUCGAGAAGUUAAGACUAUUUUAUUCCACAUAUAAGUUUAUUAUUGUAUCAAAUGUUAUAAUAAAUUCAGGGUCUAUCAUAAUUUUAACAUAUGUAUCAGUUGUGAUUUUUACGUCAUCAGAAUCUAUACCAAUUCUUAGUGUCAUCAAGUUGAUAUCAGCAUUUGGAUACAUGUUUAUUGUGUUAUAUUUCCUUUGCCAUUUAAUGGAAAGCAUUAAUAAUAAAAUGGAAUCUGUUCAUUUUGGCAUGUAUAAUUGUAAUUGGACUGCGAUGAAUUUAAGAUCGCAAAAAUUAUUGUUAUUAUCAAUACAGUUGUAUAAUGCUAAUGAAUUGAUGAUCAAAAUAACACCGAAAAAAAUUAUCAACCUACAAUUAUUUAAUAGCGUAAUAAUCACAUGCUAUAACAUUGUAUCAGCUAUGUUGAAUUCACGAUUUAAAUAAAAAUAGAUGAUUGAGU